AUGGACUCGGCGGCCCGCAAGAUCGAAGCCAUUGAUGCGCCGGGCGUCAAGGCCGAGGGCCAGCUGCUCUGGAACCUGCGCAAAGAGGUCGCAGCGCUCAUGAAGCGCUCGCAGACGAAUUUCCCCGGUGCCCAACCUGUCAGUUUCACAAGGAGACACAUAGACGAGCUGCGACAGAAAGAUUACUACGUCUGCGAGAAGUCAGACGGCAUACGGUACCUGCUCUACCUGACUGCCGACGAGUCUGGGCGCGAGUGCCACUACCUCAUCGACCGCAAGAACGACUUCUGGUACCUCAACCACCGCAACCUGCACUUCCCUCUGCCCAACGACAUCGAGGCCUUCCACACGCACACCCUCGUCGACGGCGAGCUCGUCAUGGACGACCUCGGGGGCGGCGUCAUGGAGCCCAAGUUCCUCGUCUUUGACUGCAUCGUGCUCGACAACAAGCCGCUGAUGGAGCGCACGCUCGACAAGCGCCUCGGCUACUUCAAGGAGAACGUCUUCAAGCCCUACUCGGCACUCUUUGAGCAGUUCCCCGAGGAGGCGCGCUACAUGGCCUUCAAGGUCGAGAUGAAGGAGAUGCAGUUCUCGUACGGUAUCGAGAUGAUGUUCCGCCAGGUGCUGCCGACGCUCAAGCACGGCAACGACGGCCUCAUCUUCACCUGCCGCGACUCGGAGUACCGGCCCGGCACGGACCCGCACAUCCUCAAGUGGAAGCCCGUGACGGAGAACACGGUCGACUUCCGCCUGCGCCUGCACUUCCCCCUCGUCCAGCCCGACGAGGACGACGCGGCCGAGGGCGUGACGGCGCCCUACGUCGACUACGACUCGGUGCCGCAGGCGGAGCUGUGGGCCUUCUACGGCGACGGCGGCGGCGGCGAGCCCUACCGCUACUUCGCCGAGCUGUUCCUGUCCGAGGAGGACUGGGAGGCGAUGAAGGCGUGCGGGGACCCGCUCGUCAACCGCGUCGUCGAGUGCGCCAUGGACGAGCAGGGCCGGUGGCGCAUCCACCGCUUCCGCGACGACAAGCUCGAGGCCAAUCACAUUAGUGUUGUGAGCAGCGUCAUGGACAGCAUCCGCGACGGCGUGGGCGAGCGGGAGCUCCUCGACGCGGCCAAGAGCAUCAAGGACAGCUGGAAGUCGAGGCAGGCGCAGCAGCAGAGGCGGUAA